AUGACCCCUGCUACGUUUAUGUUGAUUGGCCUGCAGUGUUUGGACAAGCUACGUAGUGACCCGGACCUACUUCUGCAAUCAGUGGACCAAAUUCAGUUCCGUAAAAGUAACACAGAAAUUAAGGUCGUAAUUGAUCCAGAGUACACGAAGUACCCCGGUGCCACAGAAACGGUAACGCGGGAGUGUUUGAUGGAGCAGGUGUUGUCCCGGCUGGCAGCAUUUGUGUCCGAAGACCAGGAGUACCCCGCAGAGGUAACGACCCUUUGGAAACGUCACGCCACGAACACGCGUCACGCCACGAACACGCGUCACGCCACGGACACGGUGGCUACCAUGGACUUGCUCGGUUUAGGGGAGGAGAACGCCCUAACGACGCUGGACACGAUUGAGACGGAGCUUCGGGCCGCCUAUGAGAAGCUGAAUCCCAAACCUGGCAACCAUUGGCGAGGCGUGUGCCGGCCGCGGGUAGGUCUUGACCAAAACCACCAGGUUUCGGUGGUUCAAGAAUUCCAAGGUGAACUCUGUGAGGAGUGUCGACCACGGCAGUUCCUGAACCUACAACCACCUAAGCGGAUUAAGAGCAUCAUGGAGGAUACAGCUUCUGCACCUAGCAUACUCCCGAGUGCCGGAACGCGGCGUACUUGGCGAGAUGUCAUGAACCAAGCCGAAGAACGCGUGUGUGCGGACGCGCGUGCAAAGAAUGUCAAAGUCUUCAGACUUCCGAUCCACUUGACAUGGACGGUUUGGAAAGGGGGCUAUAUACCAACGAUGGAACGGACGUUCAAUGAUCAACUUAAAAAUGGCUAUCUCGUACAACUUCAUGACUUGCUCGAAAUCUACCGGCUCACAAACGAGCAAUGUGACAGUCUCGUGAGACAACUCCGAGAACACCUUGAUCGUAUCUCCAAGUACCAUCUUGGCGGCGAGAACUGUUGCAUCGGCUCAUACGCACAGGUGUAUCUCACUUUGGAUACACAGAGGUACCGGAUCUUCGGCGCCCCUAGGAACAAACUUCGUGUCGCCCUCACUCCAACAUGCAUGAAGGCCGCCUCCAGAAAACAAGCACGCGAUGUCACUAACGAAUUCAUAAACAAACUCCGUGUAGAUUCCGACUACUCACGAAAAGAUGUCUUGCAUGCCCUAGCCCCCAACUUGUUCAAGUGA